AUGGCAUUCAACAGUGACCAAGUGAUAGUGCUGAACAACGGUUCAGGGAAGAGGGCAAGAGCAUCCUCUUCUUCAGCAUCCCUAAAGUGCUCCACGCCCAAGAAAGCGGCCCGUAACCUGCUGGAGGACAGCAGCAGUGAUGAGCGCUCACCGAAGCGAGCCACCCGCAGCCUCCAGCCUUCAUGGCAGGAGGACAACGCUACCGAAGCGGACUGGGCCCCACUCGACCUCUCCGUUUUCAGCGACGUGGUGCAGCAGCAGCAGCAGGACGGCGGUGAGGAGCAAGGAUGGACUACCGUCACGACCAGCCGAGCUCGCCGCCACCAGCCCCCGAGGCCCAAGUUCAAGCUGGGCAGCCUGGGCGAAUACGAGAACUCUUACCGAGCCAUCUCUGCCCUCGAGAGGGAGUAUCCGACCCUUCGGAUACAGGUAAGGGUUAAUCUCAAGGGUGAGCACGUGGUCACGCCCAAGGACGAGGAUUCCACGGCACUCCUGCGCCGCAUCGCGGAGGAAGGAAACAGGGUGCUCCUCCUCGACCCAAGCGAAAAGAGGCACAAGGUGGUGCUGGAGCGCUACCCGCUCGACCUGCCUCUCGAGGCGGUAGAGGCUCACCCUCAGGUGACCUCCGCCCAGCGUCUGACCUCCAGGAGGGACAAGUUGCCCACGAGACAGGUGCUACUUGUGUGUGUGGGGCCGCCGCCCGCCAAGUUGGAUCUCGGCUGCUGGGGCAGAUACUCCCUGCGCCCCUACCAAGGUGAGCCUGUAAGAUGUUACAGCUGCCAACGGUACAACCACCUGCAGGCGCGGUGCGAACAUGCCGCCAGGUGCGGCGUGUGCAGCCUGCCCCACCCGACGGAGGAGUGCAUCGCCCGCCAUAAGGCCAACGAGGCAACCACCGCCAGGUGCCCAAACUGUGGGAAAAACCACCACGCGUGGAAUCCCCAGUGCCCUGAGAGGCUCCGUAGGAUGCCUCGUUCACGCCAGCAGCAACAACAGCAGUCUCAGGCGCCACCAAGGCGGCAACGUCGACGUCGCCAUAAAGCGUCGCAUGGGCAGCCCCGGCAACAGAUCGCUCAGCCCCAGCAGCAACAGCAUCCACCACGUGGCCAGCCAGGAAGGUCAGCGCGAGAUCCCGUUGCACCCGCCCCACCUCCAGUCAGGUCAGCUUGGGUCCCGCGGCAGGCCCCCUCAGCCACCCCCCCACCCCCGUCCCAGCCAGCGGCAAGACCGGAAGAGAUUAACCGGCAACCCCCUCACCGCCGACCCGAGGUACAGCCUCCAGCCAUAGGCACGGAGAGCUGCACCCCCUCCGCCCACCCCUCCACUCGCUCAGGUAGCACCCCUACCAAGCAUGCUCGAGCCAAGCCCCACCACCCGAGCAGCGGCACACAAGGGAGAGACCCUCCCGGCGACGCCCCCGCCCGUGCGGCGACAGGCCCAGCACCGACAACGGUGAGGAGGAGAGCCAUGGUCCCGAGCGAUCCUCUCCACGGGGUGCCCGCCUGUCUCAGCGAAGAAACCCGCGCGGUGGUCAACUGCCUCGUGGCGCGGAUGGUGCAGUUGAUGGCGGAGCUGCUUGCCAGCCCUGAUCACGUCCCCGCUAGGCGGGACGAUCUGGACGCGCUUCUCCGCCAGGAGACGGCCACGGCCAUCUCUGAGCUCAGAGUCCUGCAAUGGAACGUGCAGGGCCUGCGACCCAAGAAACAUCAAGUCCUACAGGCCGUCUUCGAGGAGCACCUUGACGUUGUGCUCCUCCAGGAAACACUGACGCCCGCCGACUUUGAAUGGAGGGUGGCGGGCUACACCCUUCACUCGCUCCCCACAGCGGAGGGCACCCGAGGCUGUGCAGCGCUGGUGAGGAGCACAAUCCCUCACCGUAGGGUUGCAGCCCCAGUCAACUGCGGGGACGGUGUGGAGGUCCUGGCGCUGGAGCUGCAGGUGGGAAGUCUCCCGCUCCUGGUAUACAACGUAUACAGGAGCCAGCGACACCAGCUGGAGGCAGGAGAGCUUCUCACCCUCGCCUCCCACUCCAGUCUCUUGGUUGCGGGCGACCUCAACGCCCACCACCCCAUGCUACAGUCACCGUCCCCAGCCAACGAAACGGGCCGCCACCUGGCCGUGCUGCUCGAGGAAAUCCCUCACGUGUGCCUUCUCAACACAGGGGAGGCCACCCACACCCGGGGAGGAAGGCUUGACCUCACGUUGGUCUCGAGUGACCUGGCGGCAGGCGCUACGUGGCAGGUGCACCCGACCCUCACCAGCGACCACUUUGCCACCCUCACCACCCUCCCAGUGGCCCCGCCGGUCCCACCCCGCCCGCCCCCACGCUGGAACAUAAGGAGAGCGGACUGGACCAAGUUUCAGGCCUCUCUUGACGAGUGGUGGGCCGCCUAUCAGACGCCCGCCGACCUACAUCAGCAGGAGAGGGACCUGACGACGGCCAUCCAGACCGCAGCCGCCGCAGCCAUCCCCAGGUGCACCCCGAGCCGCCGCCACCGGACAGACUGGUGGUACUACAACGAAGAGGUGCGCGAGCAUAACCACCGUGUCAACCAGCACAGAAAACUGUACAAAAGGCGCCCCAACCCCAACAACCUAAGACUCCUACAGGAUGUGGUGGCCCGUGCACGGCAGGUAUCCCUGAGGGCCAGAGAGGCUAAGUGGCUGGAGUGGUGCGCCACUUUUAGCCACCACACGUCUCUAGGCCAGCUGUGGAGGAGCGUGAGGACAGCCUCCGGCGCUGCCCCGCCCCGCCCGCCCGCCCACCCGCACCCGCAGCAGGAGGCAGAGAGGCUUGCCACCAUGUUCACCACGCGGAGCUCCAGUGACCAGCUUCCUCCCCAGACACAACGCAUCCAGCAGCAGCUCCGACCACACCGCGACGAGGCUGUCAGGGAGGCGAUGGAGGAAGCCGACGUGACUGACCAGCCCUUCUCCCUUCAAGAGCUGGAGCGGGCUAGGAGGAGAGGCCGCGACACGGCAGCGGGGACGGACGGCGUGCCAUACUCCAUGUUGGCGCACGCUGGGCCGGCUGGGGACGCCGCGCUGUUGGCCACCAUCAACGCCUCAUGGAUGGCGGGCUGUCUGCCGCCCGCGUGGAAGGAAGCCGACAUUCAGCCGAUUCCAAAGCCGAGGGAGCCCACCAAGAUCAGACCCAUCUCUCUCCUCAGCUGCACGGCCAAAACGGCUGAGAGGAUGGUGCUCGCGCGGCUACAGUGGCGCGUGGGGCCCUCUCACCCACAUGUGUUCGGCUACACCCGCGGAGUGAGCACGGCAGACAGCAUCCUCGCCCUGCUGACCCAAAUUGACCACCGCCCCGCCGUCAUCGUCUUCAUCGACCUCGAGAAGGCGUUCGAGCUAGCCAGCCCUCACGCCAUCCUCGACGCACUCGUGCGGAAAGGGGUGCGAGGAAGGCUGCUGGCCUGGCUCUGCGACUACCUGCAGCGCCGCCGCGCCAGGGUUAGGUUCCAGGGCCUGAGGUCGACCUUCAAGGUACUUGAGAACGGGACGCCCCAGGGCGGCAUCCUCAGCCCUCUACUGUUCAACCUGCUGAUGGAACAGCUAGUGGCACUGCCUUUCCACGCUGGCACCGUCCUGCUGAGCUACGCCGAUGACCUCGCCCUCGUCGUCACCGGAAGGGGCAACAAGCUCAGGAGGACGCAGCAGGCACUCGACCUCAUCAGCGGGAAAUGCCAGGACCUGGGGCUCAAGAUCUCGGCAGAGAAGUCCCGGGCCAUGAUGGUGAAGGCGGCAGACCCAACCUGGCAGCUCCGCGUCCAGGGAGUUGAGCUGGCAUGGACCAACUCCUACCAGUACCUCGGUGUGUGGGUGGACAAGCGGCUGUCCUUCACAGCCCACGCCGCCUACCUGAGGGAGAGGACGCAGUCUAGGCUGAACGUGAUGCGGGCCAUGACGCGAAUCAGCGCGGGCGCCACUUUUUCCGUCCUGCGCCAGUACUACGUGCACGCUGUUCGCUCGCUGGUGGAUUACAGCGCCCCCAUCCUCAUAGCACUCUCUCCAAACCAGCAGGAGCGGAUCGAGGUGCUACAAAACACCGCAAUGAGGACCAUGCUGGGGGCACCGAGGUGGUCCAGCGCAUGCGUCAUGCAGAGCGAGACCAGACUGGUACCCCUCACCACCAGGGUACAGCAGAUCACGGCCUGCCGCGUAGCGAGGGUGCUGCAGCGUGACGCGGAGGGAGUGACACAGAGGAGACUAAGGCUGGCGGGGACGCAGGGCGCCGAAUCUCUCCGCCGCAACCCGUGGCUGCUGCAGUGCACGCUGGCUACCCACAACCUGGCUCGCAUGGAGAACUGGCCACAGGCGGACCUCCCUGCCCCCACCUUCCGCGCCCCACCCCCGUGGGAGCCACCCGCGGCAGGGUUCUCCGCCACACAGCUGCCCGCCAGCAAGGCGCUCUGCGCCGUGGAGGAGAUGCGGCAGCACGCCUUCAUGGCCAUGGUGCAGGUCACCGAGCCAGACAGUGUUGUGUACUACACCGACGGCUCGGCUGACCCUGACAGCAGAAGGACGGGCGCUGCUGCCAUCACCAGAGGGGCCGAGGUGUGUGAGAGGACUUCCGACCACUGCUCCACCCUGCAGACAGAACUGGUGGCCAUCCUGCUGGCCCUGGAGCACGCUCAACACCGGCGGGAGCGCACCGUGGUGCUCCACACCGACUCCAGAACGGGGCUACAGGCUCUACAACAGCCGUAUCCCAGCGACAACGUGGGCCUCGUCACCGCCAUCCUGGGUAGCCUCCAGAGCCUCGCCGCGCAGGGGCGACGGGUGAGGCUCAACUGGAUACCCAGCCACGUGGGAGUACGAGGCAACGAGGCUGCUGACGCAGCCGCCAAGAGAGCUGCUAGUGGCCCCCAGGUGACAAGGCAUGUGCCGCCCAGCCUGAGCCAAGUGAGGGCGCGAGCCAGGCUCGCCGCAACCAAGCGCGCCCGCCACACGCACCGGCAGCUGGAAACAAGGAAGAGACAGGCAGCUUGGUACGCCUCCGCCACUGGCUACCAGUCGUUGGACGCCUCCCAGCAGCAGCCCAGAGCAGACGGCGUGUUGCUGCAACGCGUAAGGCUGGGCUACUGCACCAGGGAACAGCUGUACGACGACUUUCGGGGGCAGGAGUGCGACCACUGCGGGAGGCACAGCCGCCACCCGCUAGUGCACUACCUACUGUCCUGUCCGGCCACCGCCGCCCUCAGACCAACGCCGCCACCACCGGCCCAUCCUGUAGGCGGUGAUCUCCUCAGCAGCCGCAAGGCCAGGGCUGCCCUCAUCGUCCGCCACACGCCCACAGACCUGAUGCUGCGAGUUCUCAGCGCCCCCGCCCCGCUGAACAGGUCGCAGCUCCUUUCCUGA